AUGGCUUCGCCUACUAGGCGGGUUGGCCUCGAAAAGCUUGGAUUAUAUGAUGUGGGGCGAGCAAUUGGACGUGGGAAUUUUGCUACGGUUCGAAUAGCACGGCAUACGAUAGCAAAAACAAAGGUUGCUAUUAAAUGUAUAGAUUGUUCGAAACUUGAUAAAGAGAAUUUAAUAAAAAUUGAAAGAGAAGUUGAAAUUGUGAAAAUCAUUGAUCAUCCCAACAUCGUCAAAUCCUAUGAGAUUAUGCGGCAAGGCUCAAUGAUAUACAUCGUUUCGGAAUACUGUGGAUCGGGUGAGCUAUAUGAGACGCUAAUUGAAAAAGGACGAGUGCCGGAGGAUGUAGCAAGACGAUGGUUUUGUCAAACUGCCGCCGCAGUAGCAUAUCUCCAUGGAAAAGGAGUUGUACAUAGAGAUUUGAAAGCGGAAAACAUCCUUCUUUCGAAAAAUUCUGUGAUCAAAUUAAUCGAUUUUGGUUUCUCGAAUUAUCAAACUUCUGAUCAAUUGCUGAAUACGUGGUGCGGCUCUCCUCCGUAUGCAGCUCCGGAAUUAUUAUUAGGCAAGUCUUACGAUGGGAUGAAAGCAGAUAUUUGGUCGAUGGGUGUGCUGUUGUAUAUUUUGGUCACCGGGGGUUUUCCGUUUCCCAGCGAAUCAAUAAAUAAGCUCAAACGUGCAGUUCUCUCAGGACAAGUGAAAAUUCCUUAUUGGGUUUCCGUUGAAUGUGCCGACUUUAUACGAAAAAUGCUUGUGCUCAACCCAUCUAAAAGAUUUUCCAUACACAAUGUGCUACAACACAGAUGGAUGAAUGGCACAAAUGAUAUCAAAAGAAACACUUCCUCUCAGUUACUUGACGCAAUUCCUUCCAGUUCAUUAGACAUUCGUCAGCAAACAAACAAGCUGAACCCAACUAUUAUGCUCUUCAUGCAGCAACAUGGAAAGUGGACUGAGGAGCAAAUUGUUGAUGCGGUAAUGCGUCGAGACUAUGAGAGCUCAAUAUUUUCAACUUAUGAACUCCUUGCCGACAAGGUGAAAAAAAAUAGCACGGAAGGAAUGGAAGAGUAUCCAAGACGGGGGUCAAGAGGUUCAAUUCUUAGCGGAAAAGUUAACGUCGAUGAGCCGCCUUUAACACCAACGAUAUCUGCCCAUCAGCUUGCCCAACUAAAUCUAUCAAGCCCAGAUUGUGAUUCCGAUGACUCUUCGAGUUCUGAUCUCUGUGAUGAUUCUUCAACUAGUUCUUUUCGCCCCGUUAAUCAUGAUCGACAAUUUGCUCUACCCGCUGGUCUCGAUCCGAACACCAUCUCUAGGUUUGAAAAUCGAAGACACACUUUAUGUGCAAGCGAGCAACUGUUAUCCCCUAAUUUAUUGACGCAAUAUCCACUGGCAUCACCUCUAAUGAACAACUUCCCAAUAAACUUUGGUUUCGCUGCAAUGCCCGAGGGACAGACAGCGGAGUUCAGUUCGCCAUACAUGAAUCCAGGCAUCGGGAAUAUUCCGAUGCUUGAUUAUUCAAAAAUGUUGCCAGUACCAAAAAAUGAAAGGAGAGCAUCCGCGGGCGAGAACUUGUUUCCGACAAACUUCGACAUUCAAAAGCAUAUGAGUGUAUUGCCUCCGACAUCUUUAGGGUUUCCCGAGACCGUUGAAGAAGAAGGAAUAUCAUAUUUGAGCAAAUAUGGAGGAAAGCGAAAUACUGUGCAUAGUUUAGGAAAUCAGAUGGGUGGAGGGAUUCUUAAUCCCAUACCGCGAUACCAUCGAUCUCCGUAUUCGAAAGCGCCACCGGCUGAGAGGAGAAGUAGUUGGGCUUCUCCGACACUAUCGUCGCAGCAACAAAAUCAUCUGGAAAAAAUAUUCAAGGAAACUCUUCAAGAACAUAAUGAGCUUCAGCAAUUACACAAGGAAUUCAAAGAGCUUUACUAUAAUUGUGCUCAAUCUCAAACGACGAACGAGGGAAGUUUGCUGGCUUGUCCGCAAAUAUCGAUCACUGAUGAGUAUAAUCGGCAGCGUAACAUCGCACCAUCCGCCUCGUCAUUUGAUCCUGUAAAUAUGUUCGAGCGGAAGGCUCAUGAGAUGGUUUUCAGUCAGAGGCCUGCUACAGCAAUUGGUUUCUCAUCUACGUCGUUCUCUGGCACGUCAACACCGGAACAAUCAGCUAGGAGUAUGGAUGACAGAGUUAAAAGCUUUGUUUCGUCACUUCCGUUUGCGGAAAUCGUUGAAGAGUUGAAGAAUAGUCUGAAUCGCUUAAAAAUUCCGUUUGCGGAGACGAAUGAGCUCGUUUUUGAAGAUCAUGAAAUGCGACGCCUCUCAUUGCCAACUGGUGUCGAAAUUGGUGUUGCCGUUCUACCUCCCGAACAGAAAUCACACGUCGAGUUUGCGAUUCUAUCGAACGAUUCACCGACAUCUGAACUGCUUUGCGAGCAAUUGAUAGGCAGAUUAAGAAUGAUCGAUCCCGAAUCGUCAAGUCAAUAG